CAAUCAUUUUCUUCUUCGUCAGCCUCCCUUCCACCGCCAUAUUGGGCAACUAAGAAAAGGGGGCUCGUCUUUUCGGGGUGUUUUUCUUCCCUUCCCCUCUCCCCACUUUUUCGCCCCUCCGGGACUCUGACGCCGGAAAGGUUUGGAGAGCCGCUCGGCUCUCGGGACGCGCGGGCUCGCACCAGCCUGGACUUGGACCGCCUUUGCCACCCCCGCCUCUCGCCUCUCCCCUCCCCUCCCCGCCCUCCCGCUCGCUGGUACACUUGAUCCGCGGAGACUUGGGGCUGCUUGGCCCUCACCCCCUCCCCAGACCUAGCGCGCUCCUGACGCGCCAGGAACUUGUUGGGGUUUGUUUCUCUUGGCUCCCAGGGCAGUCGCAGGCUUUAUAAGUGGAGUUCGGGCUGGGUCGGGGCGUUUUGUUUUGUUCGGUUUUGUUUUCUGAGAGCGCGCGAGAGGCGGUCGUAAAGACCUGGGAGGAAGAUGUCAAACGUACAAGUGUCUAACGGGAGCCCGAGCUUGGAGCGGAUGGACGCCAGGCAGGCGGAGUACCCCAAGCCCUCCGCCUGCCGAAACCUGUUCGGCCCGGUGAAUCACGAAGAGUUAACCCGGGACUUGGAGAAGCACUGCCGAGACAUGGAAGAGGCAAGCCAGCGCAAGUGGAAUUUUGAUUUUCAGAAUCACAGGCCCCUAGAGGGCAAAUACGAAUGGCAAGAGGUGGAAAAGGGCAGCUUGCCCGAGUUCUACUACAGACCCCCGCGGCCACCCAAAGGCGCCUGCAAGGUGCCCGCGCAGGAGAGCCAGGAUGUCCGCGGGAACCGCCAGGAGGGGCCUCUAAUCGGAUCUCAGGCAAAUUCAGAGGACACACACUUGGUAGACCAAAAAACUGAUGCAUCGGACAGCCAGACGGGCUUAGAGGAGCCGUGCACUGGGAUAAGGAAGCGACCUGCCACAGACGAUGCCUCUUCUCAAAACAAAAGAACCAACAGAACAGAAGAGAAUGUUUCAGACGGUUCCCCGAACGCGGGUUCAGUGGAGCAGACGCCCAAGAAACCGGGCCUCCGAAGACGUCAAACGUAAAUUGCUCGAAUUGAGAAUGUGUUUCCUUGUGUAUCAGAUACCCCACUGCUUGAUGAAGCAAGGAAAAUAUGAAUUAAAAAUUUUAAAUACAUAUCACUGACUCCAUAUCGCUGGACGUCUUGUAUAAGCACUGAAAAGGAACAACACAAUAACACUAAAAUUUUAGGCGUUCUUAAAUGAUCUGCCUCUAAAAGCAUUGGAUGUAGCAUUGGGCAAUUAGGUUUUUCCUUAUUUGCUUCAUUGUACUACCUGUGUAUAUAGUUUUUACCUUUUAUGUAGCACAUAAACUUUGGGGACGGGAAGGGAGGGUGGGGCUAAGGAAUUGGCAUGGGGAUGUGAAGAGUUUGCCUCCAUUUAGAGCAAGGAGAAAAAUAUUUGACUUGUAUAAAGAGAAAGCAGUUUAGGGAAAGGGUUUGAAUUGUUUUCUUUAAAGAUGUAAUGUCCCUUUCAGUGAAAACUGAUACUUUAUUUUAAAAACCAUUCAAAUUUUAACACUGGCUACAAAUAAUCCCUAUUUAUUUUUACAGGAAGCUAUUUCUCAUUUGGGAGCUCUGAUAAUUCCAUUAUGUAGCAACAAAUAGCUUUUUCUUCUUUAAACAACAACAAACCGUUCUCACUGCUCCCCUCUAGGCCCCCUUAAAAUCGGAAUUUACCAGUUAAUUAUUCAUCAGUGAGGUUAUCACUGCAGAUAAUUCUGGGCAAAAAAAUGGGGGGAGUUCUGAAUGCUCAGAAUUGACCAUCUAAUUUUUAUUAGAUUUAUUGAGGAAAUUUCCGAUUUUCUUUUUGCUUUGGGCUGUAUAGACACAGUCCAAAAGAUCCGUAUGUAACUUCACGUAAAAAAUAAUGAAAUAAUUUUAAAUUUAAAAAUUCUCUAUUUGUUAAUUUGCCCAAAGGAAAGCAGUGUUUUAAAAGGAAAAUGUGUAUAAAAAGGACAGUAUGGUAUAAGUGAAAUGGAUACUACAUCUUUAAACAGUAUUUUUACAUUGCCUGUGUAUUCAACAAAACCAUUUGAAGUGUACCUGUGUACAUAACUCUGUAAAGACACUGAAAAUUAUACUAACUUAUUUAUGUUAAAAAGAGAUUUUUUUUUUAAUCUAGACAAUAUACAAGCCAAAGUGGCAUGUUUUGUGCAUUUGUAAAUGCUGUAUUGGGUAGAGUAGAUUUUCCCCCUUCUUUAAAUAAUAUGGCUGUGCUUAAAAGGUUGCAUACUGAGCCAAGUAUAAUUUUUGGUAAUGUGUGAAAAGGAUGCCAAUUAUUGUUACAUAUCAAACAAUCAAUAAAGAAAACUUCCAUAGCUAUUCA